AUGUGCCGAAAACUAAGCAUUAUCUUCGACGGCAGUCCCUGCAACAGGCUGUGCACCGACCCGUCAUUGACGCCCCGGGUGAUUGAGUGCGAAUACAAAAAGAUUGGCCGGCGAUGCUAUCUGGGGGGCUUGGACGUGGUCGUCCCCAUCCACUGCCCCCGUCACCGCAGGGACGUGAUCAACCCCAAGAUCGAUGAAUACUACAGAACUGUCUCUGCCUACACGACAGCUUCGCCCACUGGCACGGGGGUACAGGUCAAGAAGACAGCCCUCCUCCACCCGGAUGUUGCGUCUCGCAUCUUUAGCUAUCUGACCAUCCGCCGGAUGGCGCUGUCGAUACUGUAUGCGGAGGCGAUCCAGGACUUUAGCAAGGACUUUGGGAUGCCAACGGGAAAGAACGCCGGAGACUAUAGGCUUCUUGAAGACUUUGCAGGCGACAUGGACAAAGCGCUGGCACUGUUCAGGGAUGACGGAAAGGUCAAACCGGGAACAGCCCCUAUCGACCUCCCCGGCGAUGUCCUCGACCUGUUUUGGAGGACAGAUGACCCCCGCAGGCCAGCCAGCGGGACAUAG